AUGGAUGUCGUCGUCGAAGUCUUCGACCUCCUGAUAGGGGACCGCUUGUAUGCGGCCACCCUUCCGGCCACCCUCACCACGUCGCUGUCGCCAGCUCUUUCGACAUUUAUUGAGGAUGCAAAUAACACAUUGUCGCUCUUUGGCGACGCAUCGGCAUACAAAUACCAACCAGCCACCACGUAUCUAUACAUCGAGCCGUCCAAAUAUGCCUACUUGAGUGCGUGGCCGCGCGAUAAUAUUUACAGACAGGCUUUCAGUCUGUUCUUGAUCACAUGGCUUUUUGGAGUCCUCCUGUAUUUCGUCUUUUCUUCGUUAUCGUACGUCUUCGUGUUCGACAAAAACACCUUCAAGCACCCCAAAUAUCUCCGCAACCAAAUCCGCAUGGAAAUCGCCCAGACCAUGGAAGCCAUGCCAAUCAUGUCCAUUCUCACGACACCAUUCUUCUUGGCCGAAGUCCGCGGAUAUGGCAAAAUGUACGACACCUUCGCCGAGGAGCCCUUCCCCUACUAUAGUGUGCUGCAAUUUCCACUUUUCCUCCUCUUCACGGAUUUCUGCAUCUACUGGAUUCACCGCGGCCUUCACCACCCCUUGAUCUACAAGAGACUGCACAAGCCACACCACAAAUGGAUCAUGCCUACGCCCUAUGCUUCCCACGCCUUCCACCCCGUCGAUGGCUGGUCGCAGAGUGUCCCCUACCACGUCUUCCCAUUCAUCUUCCCUCUCCAGAAAUGGGCCUACGUCGUUCUGUUCGUGUUCAUUAAUUUCUGGACCAUCAUGAUCCACGACGGUGAAUACGUCGCCAACAGCCCCAUCAUCAAUGGUGCUGCAUGCCAUACCAUGCAUCAUCUCUACUUCAACUACAACUAUGGCCAAUACACGACACUAUGGGACCGCGUGGGAGGCAGUUAUCGCAAACCAAAUGACGAGCUUUUCCAGCGCGAGACCAAGAUGGGCAAGAAGGAGUGGGAGAAGCAGGCAAAGGAGAUGGAGAAUAUUUUGCAGACUGUGGAGGGCGAUGAUGAUCGUCAGUAUCUGGGCGAGGAGAAGAUGAAGAAGACUUCGUAA